GCAAGGAAUAUGACUGUUGUAAAGACAUGUUUUUGUGAUUGUUUUUCAUAUUGCACUUUUUUUUUUGUUUUGUUUUUAAAUUGUCUUCACCUGUUUCAGGUUGCAGCCUUCAGAGCCAUGGUCAAUAUCUUGACUCGUGUACAGCAAGAAUCCAUUGAUGAUGCUGAACGGAAUCGUUUUUUGGUUACGUAUGUUGAUUAUGCUUUUGAUGACUUUGGAGGCCGUCAGCCACCAGUUUAUCCAGGAUUGUCUACUGUGUGGGGUAGCCUGGCCCGUAGCAAGGCUAAAGGUUACCGUGUUGGUCCAGUAUAUGAUGAUGUUUUAGCGAUGGCUUGGUUUUUCCUUGAGUUAAUCAUCAAGUCAAUGGCAUUGGAGCAAGCACGCCUUUUCUACAAUACUCUUCCACCAGGAGAGGAUGUGCCACCCAUGCAACUAAAAGAGGGUGUGUUCAGAUGCAUAAUGCAGUUGUACGAUUGUCUUCUGACAGAAGUGUAUGAGCGCUGUAAGAAGGGCUUAAACUUGGCAAAACGUUUGAAUAGCAGUUUGGCCUUCUUUUGUUAUGAUCUUUUAUCUAUCAUUGAGCCUCGCCAAGUUUUUGAAUUGGUUUCUUUGUACCUGGACAAGUUUUCUGGAGUAUGUCAGUCAGUGCUGCAUGAAUGCAAACUCAUAUUUUUGCAGAUAAUCUGUGAUCAUGAUCUUUUUGUUGAAAUGCCUGGGAGAGACCCUUCGGAUAGGAACUACCUUUCAUCUGUCUUAAUACAAGAACUUUUUCUCACAUGGGAUCAUGAUGAUCUAUCUCAGCGAUCAAAGGCAGCAAGAAUUUUGGUCAUCCUCUUGUGCAAGCAUGAGUUUGAUGCUCGAUACCAGAAGCUUGAGGAUAAGUUGUAUAUAACACAGCUAUAUUUUCCACUUAUUGGCCAGAUCCUCGAUGAAAUGCCUGUCUUUUACAACCUAAAUGCUGUUGAAAAGCGUGAAGUGUUAAUUGUCAUAUUGCAAAUUGUGCGCAAUCUAGAUGAUUCUUCACUUGUCAAAGCAUGGCAACAAAGCAUUGCUCGAACUAGAUUAUUCUUCAAGCUCAUGGAGGAAAGUUUGAUGCUUUUUGAGCACCGAAAACCUGCUGAUGGCAUGCUUAUGGGAAGCAGUUCUCGGAGCCCUGUUGGAGAGGGGCCUGCUUCCCCCAAGUACUCUGAUAGACUUUCUCCUGCAAUCAAUAAUUAUCUUUCUGAGGCCUCUCGACAAGAAGUCAGGCCUCAGGGAACACCUGAUAAUGGUUAUUUAUGGCAGAGAGUGAAUUCCCAGUUGAGUUCCCCCACUCAACCAUAUUCCCUUAGAGAAGCUCUGGCCCAGGCACAAUCUUCUCGGAUUGGAGCUUCUGCUCAAGCACUGAGAGAAUCUUUGCACCCAAUAUUGAGACAAAAACUGGAACUAUGGGAAGAAAAUUUGAGUGCUGCUGUCAGUCUUCAGGUUUUGGAAAUAGCUGAGAAAUUUGCUAUGAUGGCUGCAUCCCAUAGCAUUGCUACUGAUUAUGGAAAACUUGACUGCAUCACAGUCAUAAUUAUGAGUUUCUUUUCACGAAAUCAGCCUCUAGCUUUUUGGAAGGCUUUCUUUCCUGUGUUCAACCAUGUUUUUGAUCUUCAUGGGGCAACUCUAAUGGCCAGGGAGAAUGACCGCUUCUUAAAGCAAGUUGCUUUCCAUCUUCUUCGACUGGCUGUUUUCCGAAAUGAUAGUAUCAGAAAAAAGAGCUGUUAUAGGGCUUCAGAUACUCGUCAGGAGUUCUUUCUAUUUUAUCCAAACUGCAAGAUUGAGGGUCAUGUUGACUAUCACGUUGUCAGAGCUAAUGUCGGACAUCCAAGUGACACAGAUGAAAUCCGAUGGAACACUAGAAGAGAGUGGUGAGGCUCGGCGGCUUCGAAAAUCUUUGGAGGAAAUGGCAGAUGAAGCUAAGAGUCCCAACCUAUUGAGGGAAUGUGGACUUCCUGAGAGUGCUCUUUCAGCGAUUCCAGAUGGAUUUACAGAAAACAAAUGGUCAUGGUCAGAAGUAAAAUGUCUUUCGGACAGUCUUCUUCUGGCCCUUGAUGCUAGCCUGGAGCAUGCCCUUCUGGGCUCUAUGAUGAGUAUGGAUAGAUAUGCUGCUGCAGAGAGCUUCUACAAACUUGCUUUGGCAUUUGCUCCAGUCCCAGAUCUUCACAUAAUGUGGUUGCUGCAUUUAUGUGAUGCACAUCAGGAAAUGCAAUCUUGGGCUGAAGCUGCACAGUGUGCUGUAGCUGUUGCUGGUGUUG